AUGGCUGCUUCUGGGGGUCCCGUGCAGGAUCUCUGCGAGGAAGCCACUUGCCCCAUCUGCCUGGAGUAUUUCAGGGAUCCGGUGAUCAUCCCGGAGUGCGGGCACAACUUCUGCCGAUCCUGCCUGAUCCAGUGCUGGGGGGAAUCCGAGGGAGAGGCUUCCUGCCCUCAGUGCAGGGAAAUCUUUCAGCACAGGAACCUCAUCCCCAAUCGGCCGCUGGCAAAUGUUGUGGAAAAACUUACAGUCGGGAAACUCCGUCUUCAUGAGGAAAAGGGGGCCGAAGGAAAGGGGAGGGUCUGCGAGAAGCACCAGGAGCCCCUGAAGCUCUUCUGCAAGAAGGACGAAAGCCCCAUCUGUCUCGUGUGUAAUGUAUCCAAGGAGCACAAGGGCCACGAGGUGAUUCCUCUGGAGGAGGCGUCCCAGGAGUACAAAGUAGGAAAUCUCUCUGGGUUUCCUUUGGGGAUGAUGAGGGUGAAUUAGCAACAGAGAAGGGGGUCUUGCAAGAAAACGCUUUAAUGUAUUCUGCCCUCCGGCAGCCAAAGAGUCACUCGCCAGCAGGAGCUUUUGUGCAGCCUUCUAAAAACUAAACUUUGGAAACUCUGUUCAAUAAACAUUUCUUUUUUCCUUUCUGGGGAUUACAGUGCCCCUAAUGUCCCCCUGCAGGAGAAACUCACCCCCAGUUCAUCCUCUGGAAGCAGCUCCCUUAGGGAAGGGCUGGAGGGAGGAGCAAUGGAGGUGGCAGGGAUAGAAUCACAGAAUGGUGGAGUUGGAAGGGACCCUGAGGGGCAUCUAGUCCAACCCCCCGCAAUGCAGGAAUUCUGCCCACAGCCGUCCCUGGUUGGGCUCGAACCACCAACCUUCUGGUUAACAGCCAGACACACUGACCCAUUGCAUCACAGGCUCCCAGGAUGACGAAGGCAAAGACCACAGUCUUUGGGGCAGGGAGCAAGCAUGUGAUUCAACUUUCCUGUUAUUAUGAAUUCCAACAGAGAAAAAAAGCAAGCAAACUUUGAUUUUGUUUUGUUUUCAGGAUCAGAUCAGCACCUGCCUAGACAACAUGAAGAAGGAGAGAGAAAAAUUUCUGGUGUUUAAAGCAGUUGCAGAAAAGGAAAGUCAAGACCUGCUUGUAAGCAUAAUUGUUUCUUUUAAGGUCUUUGGGGGGGGGCAAUGAAUGUGGAAUACAAAAAGUGGUUUCUUUUUGAGCAGCCCUAUCUCCCACAGAGCAUGAAAGACCAUUUAAAGGAGCGGGUGGGCUUGUAAGUUUUUACGAAGCUCUUUCUCUGCUGAAUAUGUCAGAAGUGGCCUUCCAAGGAAAUCUGGUUGACUGGCCUCUUCAUCCUGCAAGAGCAGACUAGAUGCCUGAUAUUGGCCCACUGUUCUCUUCUUUCAACCUCUUUUCUGCAGAAACAAACAGCUGCAGAGAGGGAAAAGAUGGUGGCUGAGUUCAGGCAACUGCACCAGUUUCUGGAAGAACAAGAGAAGCUUCUUCUGGCCCAGAUGGCGGAGGUGGAGAAGGAGAUUGCAGCCAAAAGGGAGGAGCAGCUGGCCAGACUCUCCAGGGAACUCUCCUCUCUUGACAGCCUCAUCCGGGAGAUGGAGGAGAAGCUUCAGGAACCAGCGAGUGAACUCCUGCAGGUGAGGCCUCAUCCUGAUGCGAGAGGGUGAAGUGUGCUGCUUCAGACUACAGGCAUUUCUUAGUCACAUAAAAAUGCUGCUGGAUGGAAAACAGUACAUGAAGGGUGAAAGGCGUCAGUCCUGGGGACGCAGAAGGGGCCCUGCUAGAUCAAACCACAGGCUCCAUCAUUCUAGCAUUGUGUUCUCUCAUUGGCCAACCAGAGGUCUCUGAGAAGCCAAAAAAAAUUAGUGAUAUCCAAACCUGUGAUUCCCAGAAGCUGGUACUCAGCUGCUUAGCAUUUAUAACUGAGUGGAGAAAUGGCUCCACUAAUAUCUUUCUUUCUUUCUUUCUUUCUUUCUUUCUUUCUUUCUUUCUUUCUUUCCUUCCUUCCAGGAUAUUGGAAGCUUCUUGCAGAGGUAAGUGAUGGGAAACCCCUGCCUCAUUAUGUUACUAGAAAAAUUCUUUUGAGAGGAACUCAUUCUCCAGUUCCUCCUUCCAGAGAUAGCUUAGGACUCCAUCGUCCAUUUCACAAAAUCACAGACAAAAAUAGGGACACAUUUUCAUAGUCAUUUGUAGCUAUUGGUCCCAUCUACAAUCAUAGGAAGGAAGCCAUUCCUCAUUCCUCUCCAUUACAUAUUUAUCCCUUUUCCCUGAUCAAUUCAUUUACUGUGGAAUAAUUACUGGAAAGGGAGGACAUCCCAAAGGUGCUUGUAAAUAUCUUCACUAUAACUUACCCUUAAAUAUUUGACAUAUUUGACUAACCAGAUGCCGGUGCAAAACCCACGGUGAGCAGGAUCCGAGCCCCAGAGGACACUCCCCUCCUGUGGUUCAGAGGCACCACUGCCUUUGACCCAGCUAUCGUGGCCAAUAAGUGUUGAGAGCUUUGUUCUCCAAAUGACUUCAAUAUAUUUUUUAAAUCUUCCAUGUUUAGAAAAUACUGCUUUAAUUUCUAAUAUUUCUCCCUACUUUAAAUGUAACCACAGGGCUAAAAGGUAUUAAUAACUUUAAUCAUUUGAAAUGCUUCGCUAAAACUGAUGCAGUUCUAGAUCUCUUUCUAAGGACCUUGUAUUGUUAUUUUUCUUCUAAAUAAUUCAUCUGCAUACAUUCAGCCUUAUCUCCAUAUAUUCCCUUCCAUGUACUAUGGAAGCAGGUGUGUGUCUGUUUUCCUUCAACUUCUUAGAUGCUUUCUAGAUGCAGACGUCCGCUAGAUGCUCCUUUUUGCCAUAGGAAGAACUCUGCUCCCAAGUCUUCAUGAUAUAUCCAUCGUGCCUUUAUAAUCAGGAUGAGACACCUGCCUUGUCAGAAAGCUCCUUGCAUUGGAAGGAUGGAGGCUUGACUUUGUUCUUCUCCUCCCAGGUCUCGGGAGAAGGAGAACUUAGAGGAUCCUCCUGUGGCUUUUCCUCCUGCCCUGAAGUGGAAGAUCUGGGACUUCUGCGAUAUAAAUCCCUUCCUGGAGGGUGUCAUGAAGAAAUUCAGAGGUAGUAAAGAAGGGCUGUGAGGAUUCUAUACUAGAUAUUUCAAAGUACUUGUUGGGAUGUGGAGGCUCUUGUGAGAAAUGGUGCUCUUAAUCCUUCCAUGAAAAUCGCUUUAAAGCCCUCUGCAUUGCUUAGUAGGCUGUAAGAGGCUCUUGUGGGGCCAUAAUAAUAAUAAUAAUAAUUAUUAUUAUUAUUAUUAUUAUUAUUUAUUAUUUAUACCCCGCCCAUCACUGGGCGGCUUCCAAAAAAAUAUUAAAAUACUAUGAUACAUCAAACAUUAAAAGCUUCCCUAAACAGGGCUGCCUUCAGAGGUCUUCUAAAAGUCUGGUAGUUGUUGUUCUCUUUGACAUCUGGUGGGAGGGUGUUCCACAGGGAAGGCGCCACUACCGAGAAGGCCCUCUGCCUGGUUCCCUGUAACUUGGGCUUCUCGCAGUGAGGGAACCGCCAGAAGGCCCACGGUGCUGGACCUCAGUGUCCGGGUAGAACGAUGGGGGUGGAGACGCUCCUUCAGAUAUACUGGACCAAGGCCGUUUAGGGCUUUAAAGGUCAGCACCAACACUUUGAAUUGUGCUUGGAAACAUACUGGGAGCCAAUGUAGGUCUUUCAAGACCGGUGUUAUGUGGUCUCUGCAGCUGCUCCCAGUCACCAGUCUAGCUGCUGCGUUCUGGAUUAGUUGUAGUUUCCGGGUCACCUUCAAAGGUAGCCCCACGUAGAGUGCAUUGCAGUAGUCCAAGCGGGAGAUAACCAGAGCAUGCACCACUCUGGUGAACCAGUCCGCAGGCAGAUAGGGUCUCAGCCUGCGUACCAGAUGGAGCUGGUAAACAGCUGCCCUGGACACAGAUUUGACCUGUGCCUCCAUGGACAGCUGUGAGUCCAAAAUGACUCCCAGGCUGCGCACCUGGUCCUUCAGGGGCACAGUUACCCCAUUCAGAACCACAGAGUCCUCCACACCUGCCUGCCUCCUGUCCCCCAAAAAGAGUACUUCUGUCUUGGGGGCCACCAGGUGGCGUAUUGGAAGAUGGCCGACAAUAAUAUCUCUCUGACCCACACGAGGUAAUUAAGAGGCUGUUAUGGGAAGUAUGCAGUCUUCCUGCCCCAAGGAAUUGGGGGGGGGGGACUGCCUUGCCAGUGGUGUCCAUAAUGCACCCCCGGAUUCGAAAGAAGGAGGUGCCCGGUCACUUGGCACAAGCCCUCAGUGAGGUUGGCUCUUCCUGACGUUGUCUCCAAUUAGCGCUUGCUGGUUCGCUUUAGCUCGAAAAUAUAAUUGGAAAUAUAUAAUUGGAAAGAAGCUAAAGCACAUACAUCAAGCGAAGUUCGGGAGAUAAGACUGCUGAUUAAUGGAUCUCUGGGACUGGAACGACGGGCGGGACAAAUAAAUCAAGUGAUGAAUCACCAUUAAGAGACUGGUAUGUUUGGAGUGAAAAAGAAGGGGGGUGGAGGAAAAAACAUUUCUUUUCUUUGCCUUAUGUGAGUAUUAAUAACCCUCCACCCCAAAGAAAGAAGAAUCGUUGCAUUUUAUUAAUCACAAGCAGGAAUUCAAGAACUGUGUGGGGUGAAUUAUUGAUCAAAGAGAGGAUUGGUAAAUAUCGGAGAAUGGAGGAAAAUUUUAUGACGCAGUUUUACAUGGCGUCUCGCUAAGACAGGCUUGUCUAAGAAAGACGGGGGGAGGAGGACCAGGAUCAUCGGAAUGUGAAUGAUGAUUGGAAUGUGAUCUAAACCUGGCAGAGGCCUUCGUGAGAUAUUUGGCAAGCCUGGGAAAAUUAAAGGACAGACCGAGGAUAAAUUUUUUAAGGAGGCGUGGAAUGGCGGCUGUCCCUAUGAGAUACAACUUUUGGAGAGUGUAAAACCCACACAGAGGAUGUUUGUUUUCAACCCGCUUGUGAAGAUUAUCAGAGAUCGCAAAGAAAGGAAUAUAUGAUAACAACAAGAAGAUGAAGAAAGUAAUAAAGAGACUAUCAGGACAGAACUGGAUAGAACUCUUUAAUUAAAGCAGCAAUAGAAGUGAUGCUUGGACCCCCGUUCGGAGCUUGAAGUAUGGGUACCCCCAACAAAAUUUAAAAAUCUGGCUGUAUAAUUUGGAACUAAUGUGAUUUGGAAAUAAUGUGAUUUGAUUGGCCUGUUAAUAAAAAUUAUGUUUAAAAUAAAAAACAGUACUUCUGUCUUGUCAGGAUUCAACCUCAAUCUGUUAGCCUCUGUCCAUCCUCCAACCGCCUCCAGGCACUCACACAGGACCGUCACCGCCUUCACUGGUUCUGAUUUGAAAGAGAGGUAGAGCUGGGUAUCCGCAUACUGAUGAACACCCAGCCCAAAUCCCCUGAUAAUCUCUCCCAGCGGCUUCAUGUAGAUGUUGAAAAGCAUGGGGGAGAGGACAGAACCCUGAGGCACCCCACAAGUGAGAGCCCAGGGGUCUGAACACUCAUCCCCCACCACCACUUUCUGAACACGGCCCAGGAGGAAGGAGCGAAACCACUGUAUAACAGUGCCCCCAGCUCCCAGCCCCUCUAGACGGUCCAGAAGGAUGUUAUGGUCGAUUGUAUCAAAGGCCGCUGAGAGAUCCAGCAGAACCAGGAAACAGCUCUCAUCUUUGUCCCUAGCCCGCCGGAGAUCAUCAACCAGUGUGACCAAGGCAGUUUCAGUCCCAUGAUGAGGCCUGAAUCCCAACUGGAAGGGAUCCAAAUGGUCCGCUUCUUCCAGGCGUGCCUGGAGUUGUUCAGCAACCACUCGCUCAAUCACCUUGCCCAAGAAUGAAAGAUUUGAGACUCAAGACCAUUCAAGAUCUUUAAUGGGAGGGAGUGAUUCGGGAGGUAAUUCUGAUUUUGCAUGACUUUAUGGACAAUCCCCAGGAAAGUAACCCUCGCGUACAUUGUGGGUUGUCUGUAAAAAGUUGUAUUUUACUGCUUCAAAUCUCUCAGCCAGGCCUUAGAUGCUUCCCACACCUCUCCCAUUUCCCAAGUAGCCUCACCUACAGCCUUUUGGGUGUCUCCUCUGUUCCUCCGGCCUUGAGAUUGAUGUGAAGGAGGCGGGAGGCUGUCAAAAAGCCACCCAGGAGCAGAGGGAACUGGGGUUGAGAACUCCAGUCCUGGAACAAGGAUGUCUGGUGGGCAGGUGUGGAGGACUCCCUGGCCCUGAAUGGGGUAACUGUGCCCCUGAAGGGCCAGGUGCGCAGCCUCAGAGUCAUUUUGGACUCACAGCUGUGCAUGGAGGCGCAGGUCAAUUCUGUGUCCAGGGCAGCUGGCUACCAGCUCCAUCUGGUACACAGGCUGAGGCGCUACCUGCCCGCAGGCUGUCUUGCCAUGGUCUAGUUAUCUCCCGCUUGGACUACUGCAGUGCACUGUACAUGGGGCUUCCUUUGAAGGUGACCCCGAAACUACAACUACAGUAAACCAAAAUGCAGCAAUUAUACUGGUGACUGGGAGUGGCUACUGAGACCAUAUAACACUGGUCCUGAAAGAUCUACAUUGGCUCCCAGUACGUUUCUGAGCACAAGUCAAAGUGUUGGUGCUGACUUUCAAGCCCUAAAAGGCCUCGGCCCAGUAUACCUGAAGGAGCGUCUCCACUCUCAUCAUUCAGCCCGGACACUGAGGUCCAGCGCCGAGGGCCUUCUGGAGGUUCCCUCCCUGUGAGAAGUGAGGUUACAGGGAACCAGACAGAGGGCCUUCUCAGUAGGGACACCCACCAUCUGGAACGCCCUCCCUUCAGAUGUCAAGGAGAUAAACAACUAUCUCACUUUUAGAUGACAACUGAAGGCAGCCCUGUAUCAGGAAGUUCUUAAUGUUUGAUUUUUUACUAUGUUUCAAUACAGUGGUACCUCGGCUUAAGUACUUAAUUCGUUCCGGAGGUCCGUACUUAACCUGAAACUGUUCUUAACCUUAAGCACCACUUUAGCUAAUGGGGCCUCCUGCUGCCACUGCGCAGCUGGAGCACGAUUUCUGUUCUCAUCCUGAAGCAAAGUUCUUAACCUGAAGCACGAUUUCUGGCUUAGGGGAGUCUGUAACUUGAAGCAUAUGUAACCUGAUGCAUAUGUAACCUGAGGUACCACUGUAUAUGCUGUGAGCUGCGCAGAGUGGCUGGGUGGGGUAUGAUGAUGAUAAUAAUAAUAAUAAUAAUAAUAAUAAUAAUAAUAAUAAUAAAUAAUAAUAAAAAAUAAUUAAUAAUAACAACAUCUCCUCAAGAUUGUUGCUGAUGGGGAGAUCUUCUGGGGGUCCUCCUCCUCCUCUAAGGUCUGAGCAGGCCUGAAUCUUGAUAUCACUCCUGCCCUGGCUUAUGCAGGGAUAGGCAGCAUGGUGGGUUUUAGACAUUUUAAAUGGCAACUCCCAUGAGCUCCAGCUGUCAUGGCUGAUGCUUAGGGAUGAUGGGAACUGUAGUCCACAAUGCCUAAAGUUCACCACUCUGGCUUCCCCAGCUAUAAUUGCAUGAGCUCAUAUUGUCAUUACCAGAUUAGUUACCAGGGUGAUGGUGUGAUGCUAAAUCUCUGUUCCCUUUUCUUCGCCAGACACUGUGGAAUCUGGACUUCAGCUGCAAAAAGGUAAAUUUCAGGGUCGAAUAGCAGCACAAUUUUACCCCCCCCCCCCCAGUUAGCGGUUUCCACAUCUGCCUUACAGGUUUUCUGUCACUUUCAGGAAGUGAUAAAUUAGGUUGGUAAAGGUAAAGGACCCUUGAGAGUUAAGUCCAGUCGCAAAUGACUCUAGGGUUGCGGCGCUCAUCUUGCUUUACACGCCAAGGGAGCCGGUGUUUGUCCGCAGACAGUUUUUUCAGGUCAUGUGGCCAGCUUGACUAACCCACUUCUGGUUGGAACAGAACACCGAAACCAGAGCAGCACAUGGAAACGCCGUUUACCUUCCCGUAGGAGCGGUACCUAUUUAUCUACUUGCACUUUUUGGCGUGCUUUCAAACUGCUAGGUUGGCAGGAACUGGGACCGAGCAAUGGGAGCUCACCCUGUCAUGGGGAUUCGAACCGCCAACCUUCUGAUCGGCAAGCCCAAGAGGUUCAGUGGUUUAGACCACAGCACCCCCCAUGUCCCUUACUUAGGUUGUUACACUCUCCCAAUUCACAUUUUAAAAGGGCAUCAGAUGUCAAUCAGCCAAAGGUCUGGUUAAAGAGGAAUGUUUUUGCCUGGCACUUAAAUGUGUAUAACGAAGGCGCCAGGCCUUCUUCAUUAAAAUGAUCUUUUGAAGGAUAUCAUUGGAGGAGAAUGCAUUUUUGUCCUAUUUGAGUUUCAUUACCAAUAUCAAUGAGAUGAGCAGAGCUUCAACAUUCCCAACAGGCAAGUCAACUGUCUGGCAUCUGCAGAGAGAGGCAGCCUGCCUGACAACGUCUGCUCAUCAAAACAGAACCCCCCCGCCCCCCGAUUUGCUCUCAGAGCCCCAAGAAGGUCAUUUCACACAGAGAGAGUUAAGGGAGACUAGUCGCUUUCAUAAGCAGCAGAGCAUAGAGACACUUUUAUGGGUGUCAGUGUUUUUUCUUUUUAUAAACUGCCUGGAAGGGUGGGGUAAAACAUCCUUUAAAUACAUAACUGAACUUUGGUGCUUGCCAUGAGAAGGGUGUGUUCUCUGCUGUGGCCUGCUGCCAGAUUUACCUGGCAUUUCAAGCAUAGUGUGUCAUGAGGGAAAAGAUUGAGCUGUGAAUCAGGGAGUCCCUGCUUUGAUGACGCCUUCUGCCAUGAGCUUUGGGGGUGAGUAAAGAGACCACUCUCAGCCUCAGUCCUCCCGUCUGAAAAACGGGCAUAAUAAAGUUGACCUUACUUACAGGGCUGGUGUAAGGUUUCUGUGCACAGUGAUUUCAUUACCAGAAAAUAAGAGGGUUCCUUUUGAUGGCACAACUCUCCCAAAACCAUACAGAUGUUUCAAUAAUUAUUAUUAAGAACUUGUGGAGCAUCCUAGUCCUGAACACAGUUAACUGAGUCCCUGUUCAUUUCAGAGGGAAUUACAUUUCUGUCUAAAGCGAAGUCAGCUCCCCAGUUGAUGUGGUUCCUCUUCUCUUUCCUCCUCUGCCGCCACAGAAAACAUACUUUUGGAUCCAGAGACAGCAAAUCCCUGGCUCAUCCUGUCUGAGGAUCGAAAGAGUGUGAGAGCGGGAGAAGUGCGUCAAAGCCUGCCAGACAACCCUGAGAGAUUUGACAUACAUAGCUAUGUACUGGGAUGUGAGGGUUUCACAUCAGGCCGACAUUUCUGGGAAGUCGUUGUGGGGAGCGAGGGGGGGUGGGCCGUGGGGGUGGCCAGAAAGUCUGUGAAGAGGAAGGGCAAGUUCUCUUUUGGUCCUAGUGAAGGGAUCUGGGGUAUGGGAAAGUGGGGCGGUAGGUACAAGUUCUGCUCCCCCCGUAAGGAGCCCAAGAGGAUCCGAGUGGCCCUGAACUGUGAAGGGGGGUGGGUGUCCUUUUACGAUGCUGAUACAGCAGCCCUUCUCCAGUCAUUCUCAGCAGCCUCCUUCUCAGGAGAAACCUUCCAGCCCUUGUUUUCUGUGUCUUCCAAAGGCCACUUAGCACUCUCUGAGGGUAGAGACAGACAAGCAGAUACAUAUCACCACAUCUUCAAUCUAAGUUCUCUCUUAUCUCAGAGGCACUAA